AUGGUAGAUCAGGCUCAACGAGGAGCCGUUCGGUUUUCUUCGCGCUCCCAAAAGAACGACCCUGAACCAGAAUCGUUUGAUUCGCCGGUUAAUCUCGACGGAGCACCGCAAACGGUUCAAAAUGAUCGCUUUGUUCGGCGUCGUACAACCACCUCAAUUCCGUUGGUAAAGCAGGAUACUUCAUCGCCAUCUUUCCGGCGCGAGUUAGCGCGGACAGGUCAACCAAGGCCCACCGCUACUCGUAGAAGCUUCACGACCACGGAAGAGGAUGGAGAUCCGCCAAAGGUGCGUAGGGUUGGUCAGCGUGCGAAGCAGCAGAUUCCGUCACGUUCGGAAUCGUCGACCCGAGAUACUUUCGCCAGACGUGUCGACACGGACGUCGUAGACUAUCUUCCCCCUGUUGCCAACGAGGUUGUCACAACAAACACCGAAAAUGUCGCGAUUAACCGGCGCCGGCCGAAGCAGAGACAAUUUCGCGUAGAUACGACAACGAUCGCAUCUCCGAGACCCACCGUGUCGAGGGGUCGUUUGGAGAGGAAGUCCAAUCGCCUGACCGCCGAAACGUCCAAAUUAUCAAACGCAGCUUCGGAGGAUGUAUUGGGAUCCAGCGAACGGCCUGCCGGUCAAAUUAUUUCUCGAGGAACCGCAAAGGCGGUGCGUAAACCUACUUCCGAUGAGCGUGACGAGAGCUCGUCCGAAGAAAAUUAUCCCGAACCGUUCAAAAAGCUGCUGAAAGCAAAGCUGAUUGAUAAUAAACUGAAAAAUACCUAUGUUAAAAAGUUGGAGGAUACGCCGGAAAAGAACGGACGGGGUGGCACCAGAACCCAUUCGACCACGGAGCAAUCGGCAAAGAUAUCGAGAACUUUGGUGCGAAAACCGACAACCACGGAGGCAACGGUUAAAAUUUCCAGACGAGUUAUUCAAGAGACUGCUCAACAAGGGGACAAUGCAGGAGAAAACGUUAGUGCGCGCAAUUCCCGGGAACGAUCGCCGCCAACAAAAUCAUCCGAACAAACGUAUAGGAGUUCGCGAUUCUCUGUUGAAAAGUCCUCAUCUACUGAAGCCGUUGUGGAAACGUUCCGCACCUCGAAGGAGAGCAAUGAAUCGGCUCAAUCUGGUGAACGGUUGACCUCUGCCAGGCAGAUCAGAACACGUUCGCGGUACACGGAGAGGAGCCAGCAGUCGUCUGAAGAAAAGAUAAAGUCCACAGUGCAGUCCUCUAAAGAAGUAGCUAGCUCGGGAGCUCUGGAAAGUGCGAGAUAUUCAAAAGAAAAUGGUACCAACGUAACCUCCGCAGAACGUCUCCAAUCGGUGGUGCAAGAGGGGCGUAAAAAUACCGACAUUCGUUUCCGUGUGAAGGUGCUAAGUACCACCACGCCUGGGCCAACGACUACUGUAAAGCUCAUCACACCCAGACCUGUCCGGACGUACACGAGAAGACAGAACACCCUCAGCUAUCUAACGUCGACGACGACGGAACCGACCACCACCACCAGGAAGCCGUUUUCGCCGGCACCUAGAAACAGUUCCGUGGUGCAACGGAAACCACCUACCCCGGUUGCCGACACGAAGAUAGGAGAGGUGACAAAGGUAACUGCUGAACCAGCACAAAAACCCCAAAGGCCAACACUGUCGCCACGAUCGUCCGCCGGCACCCGGCAGCCAACCACCAUCGCGAGAAAGGCGCCUGCGUCCUACACGCGUCAAACGAACCCGCCAAAGCCUAAAGCCGAUCCUGAGGACGGUCCAAGGAAGAUAUCACUGCUGUACACGGAUCCGCUGCAGUAUUUACGCAGAUCCACGCCAAGCCCAGCUUCUGAGACAACGACGGCUGUCGCAGAGGAUAAUGAAAAUCUUGUUGAGCUGCCUGUGAAAAAACUGUUCCGUGGGGCGCAAACGAGGAAAUCACUGCCCUCCCGGGUUGGCAAUGGAGAAGCAAAAACGACCAUUCGUCCACCACAGACAAGCAAACCAUUCGCGAAUGCUGCCCUCAAACGACCACCAUCCUUCUCGGCAGCAGGCCGCGGAAACAAGAAAGCAGCCGUUUAUACGCCAACGAUUCCAACAUUUACGACACAAUCGACGGUAAUGGUUUCACCUGAUGGCCACACUAUUCAAAAGCCCGCUAACUCCAGCACAAAACAGCCAAGCCGCCUCGCUAGUCUUUCUUCCCUCUCCUCCACCGCUGCACUUGCUAACGAAAUCGGUCUGGACGAUGGUGACGAGCGAGCGGUGGCCACUCCCGAGGUGGACGAGGGCGGCGGUCCCGAAGAAAGCGAGGACUACAGCGAGAACGAGCUGGAACCGGGCGAGGUCCAGCGGGCGGUAUCCACCAGCCGGCAGGACGCCAAUGUGGUGGCCAUCGGCCAUGCCCCGACGGCGAAAGAGGGUGGCUCGGAGACGCAAGUCGACCCCAUCUCGUCCGGCUUGACACAGAGCCGCAUCGACGUGGACACGCCGGGACAUCGCGCGCAAGCGGUCACCGUGUCGAUAUUCAGCGCCCUCUCCGAGAUUCUUUCGCAGCCAACCGAAAGUUUACAAUUAUUGUCCUCCAGCACCGAUGCACCCUCUUCUACCGUGUCUUCAACUUCAACGAGCACCCCUUCGACCACAACUUCCACUACAACCACAACUACUACUACCACCACCACCACCACCACUACCACCACUACGACUACUACACCGCCACCACCACCUCCACCGCUUCCAUCACCAGAAUCGUCUCUAUUUCCUAGCAAAUCCAACGACAAGGUACUGGAACUGCUGGGCAACAGUUCUGCCCCCCCUUCCGACGCGUUGCCCCCGCGCGUGGGCGAUGCGUUUGUACAUAAUAGCUAUGAGGAUCCCGCUGAUAACACGAUUGUAAAUAAACCCGACCUAACCACUGCAAGCACCCGGAUCGCGGAGGGGAUGGUGACGAUUAGGCCGGCCCCGUUGGCAGACUCUGCUGAAAUUGCGUCGACGCCAACGUUCGAUGCUUGGGACAGUCGCCAAAAUAGUGCCGACAGUGGAAACGAUAUCGAAAACCGUAUUCUCUCGGACACUGACGAACCACCGUCGACGGAUCGGUUCCUCGACGUAGAUCUAGAUGCUGAUGAUGAUGUCGUUCCUUUGUCCACCACACAGAGCCCGCUGGUAACUGCGGCUGAAUCGACGGCGACGGCGACGGCGACGGCGACUGCGACUGCAACUACUACUACUUCCGCUACUUCUACUACCAUUACUACCACCGCUUCCCCAGCGAGCAUGCUUCUGAGUAAAGCCACUACUACCGAUCCGCAAGCACAAUCCGAGCGCGUGUUUAUUGUUACAGCUUCCAACAAUAAUGAUGCGAUACUAAUCGAUAGCGCUACUACCAUUGCUUCUACCUCCGUGCCUUCCGAAGUGACGACCGAAGUACCUUUGAUUCCCUCGCCAUAUACCUCCGUCCCUCCAAGUCCCCGCUAUACACUUUAUCCCUUCGAAAGCCCAUCUUCCAUCCCUUCUGAGCCGACGGUUUCAACUACAACGGCAAUGCUGGGCGCGGCGCCGAAUGAUUCCACCCAUACACUCAGUAUGGCACCGACCGAAAGCUCGGACGAGUUCGUAGACUCUGCUUCAACAACGGUCGCUUACACUAACCAUCAGUCUACAAUAUCCGACGACAGGGGCGACACCGUCCUAGAACAUUCCUCAUCCUUCACCGACUUUGCAACCGAUUCGCCCGAGCUCACGAUCACCAACAGAACACCUCCAUCCAUCACCUUCUCCACCAUCACGAUCGCUUCCACCACUGAUCGGGAACAGACGACCUCCACCGCAUACGUUACGUCAGCACCAAUGACCGUAAGUAGGACACACCACCCAUUCCCAACCGUUUCCGAUGUCACCACUCGCCAGUCUCCUUCCGCUCUGCCGGCUCGGCUCGGUUCCGCUAAAUCUCCCGAAACUACCGACGACGAGUACCGUCCGAGAUUCCAAGUGCGUUUGCCGGCCUUGCCCAUUGGUUUCCAUGCGUCUGCCCCUGUCACCUCGCCGGGUCACACACUCUUCCCUGUCACCCCGGUGGCGGUUGUGGCCAAGAGUCUAUCUAGCACUACUACCACCAGCACCACCUCUACAGCACCUACUGUGCGAAGGACUACUGCUCCUGCGACUACCAGCGAAACGCCUAGGUCACCACCACGAUCGCGUGGCAUUGUGGUAUACGGUAUCCUUCCAAAUAACACCGUCAUACGGCGUGUAAUUGGGGGGGAGGAUGAGUACGUGCAGACGACCACGGAAAAUGUGCGAGUCGUGUACGGGAUCUUCCCGAACGGCACCGUGGUGCGACGCUACCCCAACGGUACGAUUGUGCCGGAGGUGAAACGUCGCCAAGCUCUGGUUGAAGUCACCAACAUUGACCCGCGCGAGCUACGCAACCCCAACAGUGCGAUCUAUCACACGACGGAAGCACCGCUAGUGUACCGAGCACCACCGAGAACUAGCUCUUCUAGCAGCACUAGCACUACUAGCACUACCACUACUACUACUACCACCAAUGCCAUUGGCAUGUCCACCGGAGAGAAGAGACCCGUUGCCCAUAGUACCACCACCACUGCUCUACCUCCUAGUAUCACUAUCUCACCCACAAUGAACCAACCUACGGGUACAACGACUAUUAUUGAAAUACUGCGCAAGUACAACGAGGAGAAUCAGUUGGAUGCUAAGGUGAAGUCGGAUAAUGUGUUCAGUUUGGCAUCGGCCAAGGUGAAGCAGCCUAUACGUACUACGAGUGUAGUAAGCACUACAACGACCACCGCAUUAGUUGAGGAUGGCAUAAUCGAUAAAAGUCGAGAGGAUGUUCGCGUUGCUCGUCCCAAUGCACCCGAUUUGGUGUAUCGCUGGAGACCGCCGGCGACAGCAAGCUCGACGGAGAGUGUUGAAAAUGGUGUUGAGCUGCCUUCCACCAGUGAACCCAAAUAUACGACGGCAGCCGCUACCCCGAGCGUUUCCGAAAACACGGUGCCGGAUAUGACCGGCGUAGGUAAAGGUGGGCGUGUGGAUGUGGAUAGCAGCGAGGUGCCAUUUGGAGGAUCCACCCAGGAGUCAUCCGAUUCGGCUGAGAACACCGUGAACGAUGGGCUGGUGUUAAAGGGCAGCAUUGGAAAUAUAUUACAGGACAGCAGAAGAAUAAUUCCUCUGCCUGAACUACCAUUUUCAUCGACGGCACAAACUGUCGAAGUUUCCACAGUAACCACAGCAACUGCUAAGGAACCAGUGACAGAUUUGACCAUUUUGAAAAAUUCAACCCCUGUGGAAACUACCUCUAGUACAACUACAACAACGCCUAGGAUAACAACCACAACAUCCACAACCACUCCUAGGACAACAAGAACAACUACAACAACUCCUAGGACAACCACAACUCCUAGGAUAACCACAAAAACUCCUAGAACAACCACAACUCCGUAUACAACUAGUACUACCACAACAACCCCGAAGCCAAAAACGACAACUACAACAGUGCGACCAACCACGACAACAACAACCAGUCGUCCAACAACCACUAGAAGCUACUCUACAACUACACAAAGAACACGCACCACAACGUACUCGGAUACGGAAGAUUUGGCAUUCCUGCGUCAAUUAGCGAGAUUUUUGAACGGAGGACAACUACCAAACAACAAUGCUCGCAAAACAACGAGAAAACCUACCCCAACUACAUCCACUUCUACAACGCCGCGGCCAACGACAACGAUACCAACCACUACGACUACCUCUACCACCACUACGACCACUACUACUUCCACAACCACUACUACCACUCCAAGACCGACGACAACGCCUAGCUUAAGUACGGUUAUCGUGGACAAGGAUGAUCCUGCCUUCCUGAAUGAUGUGCGCAAAUUGCCAAACUUUGCCACUCCGAAUCCGCUCGUCGACACGCCACUGGCGAACCGUAUCCUUCAGCUGGCCAUACAACGUGAUCCCAAGAGCAUCGCUCGACUGCCGUUGGCGACGGGCAAUGAGUCGCCUUCGUUCGAUAAGACGCCAACCGAAAGCCAGGUGAAGGAAAUACCGAAGCCUACUGCAACGACUCUGUCGCCGGAGGAGAUUGAGAAAACCAAGAAACAGUUGGAUCGCGAGUUGCAGCAGUACAACAAUGACUUGAAACUGCUCUCGAACCUGCUCGGAAGACCUAUUUCCGCAAAGGAAUUACCGAAUCUAACUAAGCAACUUGGUGGUGGUGGUGCGGGUGGUGGAGUUGGAGGAGGAGGCUCCAGUGUGUUUCUCGGGAAUGUACCGGCGACGGUAAGGGCGACUACUACGACCACUACGACCACGACACGUAGACCUAGCGCGACUGCGGACGGGGAGCUGCUGAAGCAGUUACUACUUACACAGCAGCAGCAACACAACAGCAGUCCGGCAGUUAUCGAGCGGCCAGAAUUUUACGGAAAAACUAACGAAGCGAUUUUGGCCGCCGUACUAAAGCAGCGUGGGAUAGGGCCAACGAACACGAACGGCAACAUCGAGGAUAUUUUGGCGCAGAUUUCACCCGGUGCUCGGACGUCAACGUUGCCCCCCAUUGUGAUAACGACGCCACGGCCAACGCCGAGACGAGUGCGACCUCCGCAGCCACCACCACUGCGCUCCCAGAGUCCCAUCCUGGACGGCUUGAGCUGGUUGUGGCGUGAAUGGCAGGCGACGGCACCGCAACCUCGCAAUCGAGUUCCCAGUGGGGGAGCCAACCCAGCCAGCCUAAAUGCGGGAACUUUUGGAUUAAGUGGUGGUGGGGGGCUGGGCGGGGGUGUCCGUACUGCGUCUCUUACACAGUCCUAUCGUGACGAGGGGCUCGAUCCAGAUGCGAAACCAAUCAACCCCAGCGUUACCGAAGAGGCUCCGUCGCUGUUCGGUGGGUUUGGCAUCAAUCCCGAUGGACAACUGUUGAAUGCAGCAAUCGGUGUGACUCGUGCCGUUUCACAGUUCCUAGGCGUAGCGCUACAGGGAGCCGCCAAAUCUUUCACCUCCGCCUUUCGUCCUCCGGCAGGCGCCACCGAGCCGACGGACGACCUUAGCUACCUACGGUACAGCGGAAGAUAA